AAUCAAAACGAAGAGAGCCCUGACCGUUAAUAAUUAUGAUCACCAUCACACAGCCAAAAAAACGCAUCGUAUUAGCUUCCGGUCACGCCCAGGUGCAUUAUAGGGAAAACUCUACGGCAUCAGCUACUGUUAACACGUCCUCUAGAUCCCGAUAUUAAGCGUUACGCCAAUGCAAGGAGGAUCAUCAGGCAUUGGAUAUGGUCUGAAAUACCAGGCUCGAUGCAUUUCGGAUGUGAAAGCAGACACAGAUCACACCAGCUUCAUCACCGGCACUCUCAGUCUCAAAGAAGAAAAUGAGGUGCAUUUGAUUCGGCUAUCAUCAGGUGGAACCGAGAUCAUAUGCGAGGGUUUGUUCGCGCACGCGAACGAGAUCUGGGACCUCGCUUCCUGCCCCUUCGAUCAGCGGAUCUUCUCCACUGUCUACUCUACUGGUGAAUCAUAUGGAGCAGCAAUAUGGCAGAUCCCUGAGUUAUAUGGCGAGCUAAAUUCCCCUCAGUUGGAGCGGAUUACCUCACUUGAUGCACAUGUUGGUAAGAUUAAGUGCGUUCUUUGGUGGCCCUCUGGAAGGCAUGAUAAGCUGAUCAGCAUUGAUGAGGAAACUCUUUUCUUAUGGACCUUAGAUUGUUCAAAAAAAGUGGCCCAGGUACAAUCACAAGAGUCUGCUGGUAGGCUGCAUAAGUUAUCUGGAGGAGCAUGGGAUCCACAUGAUGUGAAUGCUGUUGCAGUCACUUGUGACUCCGCCACCCAAUUUUGGGAUCUACGAACAAUGAAGAAGACAAAUUCAAUUGAGCGUGCCCAUGUCUGCAAUGUUGAUUACAACCCGAAGAAGAAGCAUAUACUUGUCACUGCAGAAGAGGAAUCUGGGAUAUGCAUAUGGGAUCUUAGAAAGCCAAAGGUUCCCAUCCAAGAACUCCCGGGACAUACACACUGGACAUGGGCUGUCAAGUGUAACCCUGAGUACGAUAGGCUGAUUUUGAGUGCUGGUACAGACUCGACUGUAAACUUGUGGUUGGCUUCUCCAUCUAGCAGUGAUGAGUUUACAUCUGAAAGCCUGGUUGAUUCACCAACUCGGCGGGUGGAUCCAUUACUUCAUUCAUACAGUGACUACGAAGACAGUGUUUAUGGCCUUGCUUGGAGCACCCGUGAGCCUUGGAUCUUUGCGUCGUUAUCCUAUGAUGGGAGGGUAGUUGUAGAAACAGUUAAGCCCUUUCUCUCAAAAAAAUGAAGCUCGACACACAUUGCCCGGUGCUACAACUGGGCUACACAUUGCUCGUGCUUGCUGAUAUCUUUGCGGAUUCCCUUGCCAGUUUGGUCUCCCUUAUGUUCACAGACAGACGCCAGAAGGGACCAGAGCCUAAUUUUGGAUUUGGGUGUUUUAGUACUGAUCAAUGUUAUGCAGCUACUUAAGAUCACUGCAUAAAUAGAAGUGUACCCUUGGCAACGCAGUAUAGUGAAAGAUCACUGCAAUGCAUACGUCCUUUUAUACGUAUCUCAAGGUAGAUUUCAUCAUCAUAUGCUCUCGUGGAAUUUCCAUUUUUAUUCCAUGUAUCUUUUGUAGAUUUCUUGCGUUGAAUGAACUCAACUACUGCAUGGUAAUUAUUCUUA